CUAUAGUUUUUUGCUUCUGUAUUUUUUCCUUCCCUUUUUUGGUUUAUUUUCACAUUGAUGAGAUAUUUAGGAGGGAGAAAUGGAAUCUGAUAAAAGUUAAUGUUGUGUUGUUUGUUGAAACAAGAUUUUAAGGAUUUCUUGGCGUUAACGGGGCUCUGUAGGCACAUUUAACCUUAGAUGUGUGUGUGAGCCAAGCUAAGAAAUCACCUAUGAUUGCUUAUGCUUCAUUCUAUGGAAGAUUGACUAUGAAGUAUAUGGGAAAUAAAUUUUAUAACUCUAUACUGCUUAUAAACCGUAAACAGUUAUGUGAUUUGUGGUAAGUGGUAAGGUUUGUUUAGUGAAGGGCAUUGCAAAUAAAGUCCUUUCAUAAUGCUGUUGAUGAUGUUAGAAUUAAGACUUAUUUUGUCAUUUUCCAUUAAGCUUCUACAGUUUUAGAGGGUCACAAUUUCACUCAAUGUUUGACUGAGGCACUGCAUUAUUUUUUUUAACAGACUUCCGUUGGUUGCAUUUAAAGUGACAUUGCAUUGUAUUGGCAAGACUUGUACAUGAUUCUCUCACUAAGGGCUUCAAAUGUCAUUUUAAAAGCACGAGCAUUUUUUUUUCCCACCAGAGGCUUUGCAAAUGUUGCAUCUACAGCUAUAGAGAAAACUGUGCAGUCUCAGGGGGGAUCAUAAACAUUGCCCUGUAUAUCUUAUUGGAUACCCUUAAAUUUACGUAAUUCCUAUUAAUAGGAUUGUUGUGCAUAUGAAUAAGAAGAAAAUGGGACAGAAUCUGAAAGAUUAAGGAAAGGAAAUAAAACAAAAAGGGAGAACAAAAUGAGGUUUACUACUGAAUUCAAUGUAUAAAUCCUUAGUGUUCUCAUGCAAAAGGUGAGUUUUGCGCUGUGGUGUUUGUGAGGCUGUGAGGAGCUGGAUGGUGGGGAAGAAUGCUCCACAAGAUGCAGCCAGUGACCAACUGGUCUGGUGAGUCACAGUAUUCACCCAAGAGGCAACUGGAGAACAGCAUGUACAUUAGAUGCCGAGGACUUGUGUUUACUGUAAAUGUGCUGAUCCAUUAGGAAAAGGAAGAAGACAUGGUUGCCCAGAAAGGGGCAGUAAUACUUCUUGACAUGAAUUUGAUCUUCCUAAUAGUGGUGAUGAGUUUAGAAAGAUUCUUACGGUCUUUCUCAAGACAACAUGUGGCCGUUACUCUUUGAACCCACAAAUGCUUUUGGGCACAAGCCCGUUAGUUUACUUAGGAGAAAAACUUGACAGACAUGGUCAAGGGAUGGUGAAAAUCCACUUUUAAAAUAUGUCCCUUAAACAUUGACACAAAUAGCACACGCUCAUUGUCAAAGAUAACAUUUUAAAAAGAGUACAUGCAGACAAUUUUAAAUGAUGAGAAACAAAAACCCAUCACUGUGAGAUCAAUACUAUGGACAUUUUGGUGGGUGUAUUUGUCUCUGAAUAUAUUUACAUUUUGAAGAAACAUCUCGUACUCUAGAUGCUAUUUUAUUAUCUGCUUUUACUUCUCAGCGAUAUAUGGCGAGCAUCUUGCCACAACAAUGAAUUUAAUUUCCUUUUACAAAAGCUUUUUAAUUGCGUUGCAUAAUUUAUUAAGUCCUGUUAGCAGAUGUAUUUGUUUUUCUACUAUUAACAAUACUAAAACUAACAUCCUUGCAGCUAGACCUUUGCGUCUCUUCAUCAGUUUUCCUUGGAAUAAAUCGCCAGAGGUGGAAUUGUGGGGUCCAAGGCCCUGAACAUUUUUAAAGCUCUAGAUCCCUGUUGCUAAAUUAAUCCAAGGGCAGUGUUAUUAAUUCCUAUGCCCGCCAGCACUGUAUGAACACCAUUUUCCAGCACUCUCACCAGCACCGCGUUUCACUGUUUUUUUAAAAAAUGUGCUAAUCUGAUAAUUGGCCAAGGGUAUUUUGUUGUCUUAAUUUAUUUUAAAGAAACCCUUUGCAAACAUCCUGGCAUCCUAUUCUGUCCCUUUGGGUUCAGCUUCUUAUCUUUUUCGGUUACUCAUUGCCAAAGCAGUCACCUCUUACCGUAACUUCUGCCAACCUAACUUCUGAGGACUUUGACCUUGUUUGAUGUCUCUCAGAAAGUCUGCAGAGAGUGUGGAGGAAUCAGAUAGAUGCUUUUUUGCUCUUUUUACCGAUUGAAUAACCUGCGGCAAACCUCAGCCUUUAUGAUUUUAUCUCCUUUUAGCUAUAAAAUUCAGAAAGAAGGCUUGUCCUACCCACCUCACAAUAUGGUACUGGGAAUAAAAAGAGACAAGAUAGAGGAAAGCUUUUUGAAUAGAAAAAAGUAAAAAUGCAAAAUGGUGUUAUUAUUAUUGUUGUUACUAUAAAAUUUAUUUAUAGUCUCGCCUUUUAAAAUAUAUAGCUUCUGGAGAGUUGCAUGCUGAAAUUUUGACAUUGUCUUUUAAUUCUAAACUUGGAAAGUGGGAGUGUGCACAUGUGACAACAUCUGUCUAUAUUUCUUUGGUACUGAAUAAUAAUAAUAAUAGUUAAUACUUAAUAGAAUAUUGACUAUGUAUGAGACCUGGUUCUCAGUACUUCACAUGUGAAGUAAUCGUUAAUAUCUUAUUUUGUAGAUUAGGAAACCGAGGCACAGAGGAGUGUUUUGCGUGGAGUUAUACCAGUAGUUAGUGAAGUUAGUUAGUAAAGACCUGGAAUCCAUGAUACAUGGGGACAGCUUCACUCUGGAGCCAUGGGUUGGUGAGAGUAGGUUUGACUGAACUUUGGAGAUACUGACACAUGGUUUGGGGCCACUGGUGAUGUUAGUGCUGCUUACCUGGGUAUAUAGUUACCAUUUAUUGAGUCCUCCAAAAAGGAAUAUGCACUAUUCUGGAUUCUUUACUGCAAGGAGGCUGGGGUGGAGUGGAAUGAGUGCUAUUAAUGGCUUGCGAGUCAAGGGCAGCUCUGUUUCCUCCCAUCUUCUCUUUGCUCGGUUGUUCCUGUUAUAAAAUGAGGAUAAGAAUAUAAUUUAAAAUGGAAUUUUACUUUUAAAAGUUUUCCAUAAGAGUUUGGAGUUUUAAAAUUUUUUGAGUGGAUGACACAUCAUUUAUUUGCUUUUGAAUCGAUAACAACUUGAAAGGUUCUUCAGUGAGGUCUCCCUCUCUUCCCUUCCCUCAGAUUCCUCUUUCCCUGUUCCUCACCAAUAGGUAACGCUUGUUCAUAGUUUCUAGCAUUUUCUUUCACACUCAUGGUGCACACUGUUUUGUGCCUUGUUCCACAUCUGUAUGUAAGGAGCUGGAUUUUCAACCUCUUGGUGGACUUUCGUCUGCAAUCUUUUGCUCUUUCAACCAAUGUUGCAAUGAAUAACGGGCUGCCUGUGUCAUUUUGCAGAAAUGUUUGCUAGUUGUUGGCUAAAUUCCUGGAAGUGGAAUUGCCAGGUCAGAGGCUAGGUACUUUUGCAUUUUUGUUAUAUAUUUCAGAAUUGCUCCCUCUGGCCCACCAGCUUAUGUCAGUUAACAGCCCCACCAGGAACGUUUGAGAAAAUGUUUCCCCACCUGUCUGUCAGCUAGCAAGCUGGUUUUUAUGAAAUCCUAGUAGUCUUAAAUGGUAAAGUAGUAAACUCAGUGUGUUUUCUAAAUGUUCCCAUCUCAUAUCAUGACUGAGGUUGGGCACCUAUGCAGGUGGCUUGAACGUGUUUGUGAUCAUAACCUUUAUUCAUUUAACGACUGUUUAAUGAGGCUUUGCUGUGUGUCCUGCCAUGGAAUGCAAGGGUCACACGAAAUAGCCAGGUGGCCGCACGAAUCAGCACACACUGUGAUUCGCACUAUGAAAGAGACAGACGGUGACUAAGGAGCCAAGGUCCACUCCCCGAGGUGAAGGGAUGAGAUCCGAGGCACGGGGAGGAGCAGGACAGGCAGAGAGCAGAGGGCGCAGGCAGAAAAGCCCUGCGUGAGGAGCAGAGAGAGAGGGCCUAUGUGUGGCUGGAGAAGGGGCUUGGAGGGGAGGGGCUCAAGGUGAGCUGGAGACAGAGGCUGAGGCCACAGAGCAGUGGGCAUUUGGGGCUGGGGUGAGGAGGUUGGAUUUUGUUGAGUUUCAGGUAGAUUUUUGGUCAUGGGCCGAGAAGAUGAGGCCAAGGUCUGUAGACCCUUACCUUGCAGAAUGCUCACCUGGAUGACAUCAGGGGGGCCUGGGUCCUUGCACAAGCACCCGUUGGACUUUGUUCUGUUUGCCACAAGAGGUCAUGACAGGGGUGAUAUUGCAUAUAGGGCUGGCACCCAGGUCACUGUAUCUCUUGCCUAGUUCUGUCCUCAGUGUGAGACAAGCGACAGAAGCUCUGCUUAAAUAUGGCCAUGGGGAGAUUUUACAAAAAUACAUUCUACCCUCUUCCAGAAAUAAAACUCAGUUUACAGAGAGCUUUCUUGUUCAUUCCCUCUUGUGCUACUAAAUCAGCCUGCUGGGUGCUGGGGGGUCCUUCAGGGCAGGAAGCUCAGGAGAAAGAUGCAAGUGGAGCUUCCCUUAUGUCCUUUGCUCUGGGUGUGGGUAGGGUUGUCUUUCCAACUUCAGAGGUGAAGAAUGCAGACCUUUCCUCGGGACCACUGGGUGGGCAAAGAGUACAACUGGAACCGUGCCCCCUCCCCACCAACUCUGAGCCACGGCUCUCUGUGCUUCAAAAUACAGCAACAUUCCUAAAGCCUAUCAUCUGGGGAAGAUGCUGAGAAGAGGAUCUCUCUCUACUGCAUAUCGUCUUUCAUGCCGGCCCCUCUGGUUCCAUGACUGUGGGGUGGCUUUGCAUAGGAGGCUUAGUGUUGGCAGGUUCCUGGGGAAGGGAUGUGCACUGGACCACGGCCGGGGGUUCCUGGUGGCUCUGAGUCCAGAGGUACUUCCACCUUGUGGAGAAACACAGAGGACUGAGACAAAAUACUGUUGAUCAAACACUUAGGCCUAUCUUUAAGGCAAAAUUGUGAUAAACGGUUAUUUGUGACCAGGGCAGAGUGGAGGUGUGUGUGUGUGUGUGUGUGUGUGUGUGUGUGUGUGUGUGUGUGCGUGCCCUAGGGUGGGUGGGGAAGAAGGUCUCAGGAACUGCCAGCACUGAGGGAGGCACUCACGGAUCAGGUCUCCGUGGACACAAGAACGUCUGGGCAGGAAGUGGGAAGACUGCAAGCUCAGCUGACACUUCAGUGGGCUUUGCCUCCUGGUGCAGGGCAAAGAGGCAGGGUUUGCUUCUGAAAGGGAGGGAUUCCACAGGCGAAUUCCAGGUGCUCAACCCAGUCGGAAUUACCCCAAUCAGAUGUCACCUGGAAUGGAUGUUGUCAUGUGAUAGUGCCGGGUGAAAGAGGCAGCCAAAGGUAUAUUUCCAAUAGAAAAGUCUAGAAACAUAUUUAUAAAACUUGAAAUGUGUCUGUGCUAAUGAUAAUUGAAAUAAAUAUUUUAGACUCAUAGAUUGUUAGGCUUUUGGUUUUCCUAGAUCUGGUACAACAGACUGAAUGUUUGUGUCCUCCGCAAAUUCUUUUGUUGAAACCUAAUCCCUAUGUGAUGGUAUUAGGGGGCGGGGCUUUUGGGAGAUGAUUAAAGUGUGAAGGGAGAGUGAUGCUCUCAUGAAUGGGAGUAGCACCCUUUGGAGAGGCCAGAGAACUAGCCAGCUCUUUUUCUGCCGUGUGAAGAUACAAGAAGUCAGCCGUCUGCAACCCAGGAAGUGGGCCCUCACCAGACACCAGCUCUGCUGCACCUUGGUGUUGGACUUCCAGCCUCCAGAACUGUGAGAAAUAAAUGUUUGUCAUUUAAGCCACCCGGUCUAUGGCAAUUUAUUCUAGAAGCCCAAGAUAGGACACUAUGUUCAAUCAGUCCAUGACAGUGGUAUGACUAGCUUUAAAGACCAAAAUUUCAGUAAGGAUUUAAGCAAUUUUUAUGUCUGACUAUUUGCUGAAUCAAUGACCGAAGGAAUGAGACAUUACUAUAGAACUAGGUGACGCCAUGUGUGUGUCAUUUGUGAAAGUGUGACUUCUUUUAUCAUUUGAGGGGAAAUUACUGGAAGAGAACUUGCUUAAAAGUUGCCCCCUGUCUUUUUUCUAAAGAUGCUGACCCUCUUAUGGAGGAGUCUCUUCUUGUUUAAGGUAAGUGGUGUUGCUCUUGGUGACUGGAGCCGCUCAGUUGUUUACGCCAAUGACAUCUUCCAACAUGGGCCACAGAACCCACACAUUCCAAAGCCGUGAUCGUGCCCCCUAGAGAUUGAUGUGGCUUCCCUAAUUCUGUUCCCGGAGUUAGUGAGAGGCUAGAACUUUACUGGAAAUCCUGGAGCAACUAUUCUUAGACUUUUUAUUGCCUGUGAUUUUAUCUGCUGGCCUCUUGUUCUUUCCUGCUGUGCUUUAGGCUCAUGAGUGGCUGUCCAGUCUUGGGGGUUGUAGCAACAGCUCUUAGCCUCCAUGCACAGGUACCCACCUCGCCUGGCCAUUCCAGGACCAGCCAGGAUCAGCAGUCAUCCAUCCCCUCCCUGCAAAGUCUGGGAGCUUUUCAGACAUUGUCUGUGUUCCUUAUACAGGUUUUACUGCCUUCUAUUUGUUUCUAAGAAAACUGAGGCUGUUAGGAGAGCUUCUUCAGGUCGUAGCAAAUAAAUAAGAGUAAGGAUUUGAACAUGGAUCUGUGGGACUCCCAAACCUCUUUAAGUGUCAUUAUGCUGAAAUAACAAGGGGAUCUGAAGAAAGGAAACACUAGUUUAUACAUAGUUCUUUGUAAGAUAUCAUUGACUUCACCGUGUAUGUCUGGGAGCUGAAGUUUUUCCUAGUCUGUUCACAUCAAGCAUGUGAUUCAGCCCCUCCUCCUGCACCUCUAAGAGGUGUUAUCCGCACUGACACGUGGUACCUGUAAGCUAGUUUUUAAAAAGGUAUUAUAGGAAAGUGUUAUUUUUUAGCUUCUGAAAUGGUCUGUAGAUGAUUUUUAAGCCAAAAUGAAUACAAAUGAAAUACAUGUAACAAUAAAGUACAAAUUCAAAUAUAAUAGGAACUCAGUAGAUGUUUCUCUGGAAUAGCUAAACAGAUUCUGCUUGAAGCACAUUUGUGGGGCAACCUGGUUUCACAAAUAGUAUAUCAUCUGUCUGUUAAGUGUUAUAAAUCAAUCCUAUUAUCUCGUUCAUGAGAAUAUGGUAGAAAAGCAGGCAUUGAUCCCAGGACAACAGGUGUAUUUUAUGUUGGGUCAGGCUAACUAACAUUAAAAAUGUGUCUCUGGCAACUAAAAAAAAAAUAUUCUAAAAGCCGUAUGCAAAGAUUCGCAGGAUAUCUUUCCUGGAGGGAAAAUAUAUGAUUAUAGUCAGUGGUGACAGAAUGUGUACUGAAACUUAGUUGAUCUGAAAAAUCUCAUGUGAACUUGCUAUGAUGACCUCUUUGAAUAAAUUUCCCUCAUGGUUUAGGCAUUUCUCUAGAUUAGCACAGUGAGUUCCUGAGCUGACUCAUAGGGAGAAGGGGAGGUCACUUUGCUACUAUUGUAAUAAUGUGGGAAAAUACACCUAGUAUCACUCACCGUGCUUGGAUGUUUAUCAUCAACCUCAAACUCUGAGAUUUAUUUAACCACAAGAUCAGAAUUAUAAGCUUUUUUCCCCCUCAACUGAAAUUUUUUAAAAAGUCAGUAAGGUAAUAUGCCAUAAUGUAUAGAAACCAGGUUCAUAGAAAAGUGAAAAAUGCUGGAGGUAGAGGCAGAUACUUCCUUUAGUCUGGAACUGAUGUCCAGAUGGUAAAUUAUUGUUCUAGGGAAACCUGCUGUGUGGAAAUAAGUCCCUGGAGUUGAGCUCUCUUUUUUUAGCCUCACCCCAGUCUGCUGGAUCAGUGUUGAAAAUAGGUGUUGCUACCUUAAUGAACAAACUCAGUUACAUGCAAAGAGGACAAACUUCAGCUGAAUAUCAUCACUCUUUGGGAUGAUAUUCUCUGGGACAUAGGCCAGUGGUUUUCAAGCCUGGCUGCCUAUUGGAAUCACCUGGGGAGCUUCGAAAAUACUGAUUCCUGGACCCUACCCUAAGAGGUUCUGAUGUGAUAAGUCUGAAUGCAGCCUGGGUUUUUAAAACUCCCCAGGUGAUUAUCCAUGUACUUAGUAUAAUGUGGGUUGAGAACCAUUGACCAGAGAAGUAGACAGCCAUCAGGUCAGCAAAUUACCCAAGUACGCAAGAAGCUGGCUAGACCAAAGCUGUCCACAGUCACUGCCAAAUCCUGCCUCCUGGGGGAAUUUGGGCCUAUUUUCCCAGAAAGCUUUGUCACUGGAAUUUAUUGAAAGCUCUUUACUUAAUAAUGUGCUUUCGACUUUUUAAGGCACUGUGGACAUAAACAGUGUCAACGUGGCCACUUCUGCUCAUUUGGCAAAUAUUUAAAUAUCUGCUCUGUUCAAGCUGUAGUCAAUCAGAGAUAGAGCCUACCUUUGAGCACCUUAACUGGGCAGCAGGGAAGAGAAGAACUCAAGCAGUACAAAGUAGGGGUGGCCAAGUGCCACCAGAAGGGGAGAUGGAGAACCACAAGGCAGACGCGGCCCCUAACGAUGCUGACUCCCGCCUGAGAAGCAGGACCACCUGGUGCAAGAAAAGGCCUUCUCUGAGGAGAAUAUGAAAGUGUCACUCAGACUUGUUUGUUUCAUAGCUCUACUGAUUUCUUCUCUGGAGGCUGAUAAAUGCGAAGAACGCGAAGAAAAAAUAAAUCUAGUUUCAUUUGCAAAUGAAAUUGAUGUUCGUGCCUGUUGUCUUAACCCAGAUGAAAACAAAGGCACUAUAAUUUGGUAUAAAAAUGACAGCAAGACACCUAUUUCUACAGCACAAAACUCCAGGAUUCAUCAGUACAAAAAUAAACUUUGGUUUGUUCCUGCUAAGGUGGAGGAUUCAGGACAUUACUAUUGUGUAGUAAGAAAUUCAUCUUACUGCCUCAAAAUUAAAAUAACUACAAAAUUUGUGGAGAAUGAGCCUAACUCAUGUUACAAUGCAGAAGCGAUAUUUCCACAGAAACUGCCCCUUGGAGGAGAUGGGGUACUUGUGUGCCCUUACUUGGAACAUUAUAAUGAUGAAACUAAUGAGUUAUCCAAAGUGCAGUGGUAUAAGGAUGGCAAACCUCUACUUCUUGACAAUAUUCACUUCAGUGGAGUUGCUGAUAAGCUCAUCAUGAUAAAUGUGUCUCAAGAGCAUCGAGGGACCUACACUUGUCAGGCAUCCUACACAUACUUGGGAAAGCAAUAUCCUGUUACCCGGGUAAUAGAAUUUAUUACUCUAGAGGAUAAUAAGCCAGUGAGGCCUGUGAUUGUGAGUCCAGCUAACGAGACAAUGGAAGUAGACUUGGGAUCCCAGAUACAAUUGAUCUGUAAUGUCACUGGCCUGCUCAGUGACGUGAUCUACUGGAAGUGGAAUGGGUCCUACAUUGAUGAAGAUCCAGUGCUAGUAGAAGAUUAUUAUCUUCCAGAAAAUUCUUUAGACAAAAAAAGGAAUAUACUCAUCACAGUGCUUAAUAUUUCAGAAGUUGAAAGUAGAUUUUAUCUCCGUCCAUUUACCUGUGUUGCCAAGAAUACAUAUGGCACAACUGAAGCAUAUAUCCAAUUAAUACAUCCAGUCCCUGAUUUCCAGAAGCACGUGAUUGGGGUAUUUGUUAUGUUAACAGUUAUAAUUACGUGCUCCGUUUUCAUCUAUAAAAUCUUCAAGAUUGACAUUGUGCUUUGGUACAGGGAUUCCUGCUAUGAUUUUCUCCCCAAAAAAGCUUCAGAUGGGAAGACCUAUGAUGCAUAUAUACUGUAUCCAAAGACCCUUGGGGAAGGGUCCACCUCUAACUCAGAUAUUUUUGUGUUUAAAGUCUUGCCUGAGGUCUUGGAAAAACAGUGUGGCUAUAAGCUGUUCAUUCAUGGAAGAGAUGACUAUGUUGGGGAAGACAUUGUGGAGGUUAUUAAUGAAAACAUAAAGAAAAGCAGAAGACUGAUUAUUAUUUUAGUCAGAGAAACAUCAAGCUUUGGCUGGCUGAAUAGUUCAUCUGAAGAGCAAAUAGCGAUGUACAAUGCUCUUAUUCAGGAUGGAAUUAAAGUUGUCCUGCUGGAGCUGGAGAAAAUCCAAGACUAUGAGAAGAUGCCAGAAUCCAUUAAAUUCAUUAAGCGGAAGCAUGGAGUCAUCCGCUGGUCAGGGGACUUGACAGAAGGACCACAGUCUGCAAAGACAAGGUUCUGGAAGAAAGUCAGGUACCACAUGCCGGCCCAGCACCGGUUGUCUUCAGCCAAACACCAGUUACUGCCUCUGGCCACUAGGCCGAACUCUAUGGAGAAGCUGCAGAGAGAGGUUCACCUGCCUCUUGGGUAGUGUGGAGAAGCCUGCCAAGAGCUCUGUGGGUGGUCCUGUUUCAUUGUAUCACAGGCUGGGCUGUGCCUCCUGCUCAUUGGUGCAGUUGUACAAUGUACCUGUAUAGUCCGUUAUCCCUGGGGUCACCUGGAAUCAGAUUGUUCAGGGAGAAGGACAUGGUGACAAUAGCAGGCCAGGGUACUUCAGAGAAGAGGACUUGGGAAGUCCUUAAGAAAGGCAACAAAUGCCCUCUCUGAAUGUUUAACUGCUGAGGAAAGGCACAGAGACAGCAAACUAGAGGAAACAACAUGCAGGAAAUGGUCACCAUCCAUAGAUGGUUUUGUGAAGUGGCCCACAGCCCAAAGGCAGGGCUGUGGCCCUGUCUGGGGACUCUGUAAGGUUGGGCUGCAGGUGAAGUGAGACUGACAUCUCACAAAGAAAGAUAGAUGUAUUCUUGGAGAACUUUCCAUUUGGUUGCAUUUUCCAUACACAUCCACCGCCUGCAAUUUCCAAAGAUUGAAAUUUACUUUAUAGACCUUGAAAACUGUCAUUUCAAUGAACAAAGGGAUUCUCCAGGAUUCCAAGGUUUUGAAAAAUCAUCUUAGCUUUCCACAGGAGAGAGAGAAUUUGAAAAAGCAACAGGAGCAGGGAUUGAUCGACCUCUGAAUGUUUUCCUCUCUGGCAUGGCCAUCCAGUUCUUCCUUAUUCUUCUGCACUGGGCUUGUUGCUUCUUUGGAAGGACAGCUUCCCAGUGGCCUCCUCCUCGUGCUGUCCCAUGCACAGCCCAUAGACGACCCGUCCUUUCUAAGAUGCUGCCCUCCUCUCACCCUGCUCCUGCUGGAACGCCUCUAAGGGGCUCCUCCAGUUCAGGAGCUAAAGCCCCAGGUCUCCUGCCAGCUUGUCAUCCCACUCCAUGCUCUCUGAACUGUCCCCAGCCUUCCCUCACCGGUCCUGCUGCGUGAACUCCUGGGUCAGCCUCGAGGUCUGGGCACCUGACCCACUCUUCAAUCCUUGCCCCACCCCUGCCUCCUCCGACUAGAGUGCCUUCUUAAAUUUUCUCCAGCUGACCAGAACUCGACUGACAUUCAGCAUUUACCCCAAGUUCAUAGUCCCCGAGAGACUUUGCCUAAGAGCUUACUCUCAGACCCUCUCUCUGCCCCAUGGGUCAAUGGCACUGACUGCCGGUGACCACUCUAGGGGAGGGUUGUCCUCUCCCCAUCAGAGUCUGUGCUCUUGGAGUGGAAGGCUGUGGCUGCAUCUCCCUGUCCCUCUCUGCCUUCCACGAGUACUUUGCACAUAUGACACAGAUUUGUAUAGUGCUUUAUUGUUUAAAAAUGUUAUCAGAUUAUCUUGUUUAAUUUUUGCAAUUAUUCUAAUUUUCUACAGAGAGGAAGUGACCUAUUUUUUAAAAAAUCACACUCUUAAGUUCUACUGGACCGAGGACUUGAACUUCCAUUUCUGGUUUCUAGUGCAGUGCUCUGAAUACUUGACAUCAGGUCAAUUACUCUCCUCCUCGCUCCCACCCACCCCGGCACUUUUGUGAGAAGAAAUGACAGUUUUCUGGGAGGCAACUUAGUCUAGGAAUGCUUUUGUUUAAGAAAGCCAAUUCUAAACUUUUCAGUGUUGGAAUUUACAGGAGUGAUGUUUAGAUUUUAUGGAAAACUUUUCUACCUUCACAUAUUCUUCCUCUAAAGUUAAAUAUUUCUCAGUCAACUAAAAAUGAAAGAGAAUUGCGUUUUUUUGGUACACAAAUUUUCUUUAAAAAAUUUGAUGGGAGUCUUCAGCAUGAUUAGAGAAACCCCGGAAAACUACAAAGCUUAGUUUAUGUGCCUCUUGUGCAGGACAAAUGAACAGUUUUAAAAAUUGUAUGAACAUGGACAGGCCUCCUGGUUUUUAUAUUUUUAAUAUCUAACAUUAUGAGUGGGCACACAUUUUUAUUUGGAAUAAUAUUUUUCCCCCAAAGUUGUCAGAGCUAGACACCAAUGCACAGAAUUUAAUACUGACUCUUCCCUUUCCAUGUACUGUCUCCCGGGCAUUGAGUGACAGUGCCGUGUAGAGCCGCCAUUCUGAAAGAGAGGGCCUCCUUUUAAUUUGGCAACAUACAUAGAUGGCAGCCAGAAGUCCAUGGGGGUGAGGUGGGGGUGUCACAUCCUGAAAGGUCUAUUGGGUGCUUUAAAUUGCUAAUUUUGUUGAUAAUUUUAGUCUGUCAUCUAGAAAAUAUAUCAGCAUGCACAGUGCCAAGAAAGCAAGCCAAUUUUGAAACUUAGAAUUAUCGCAAAAAAUUGGCCAGAAAGUGGAGAGAGGUUGACAACCAAGAAUUUAAGGAGGAGCAGGAAUCAACAGAUAAGCCUCGGUGAAGGGGUAUCAGGAGCAGAAAAGUGCAAUGUCAAUCCCAUAACUUCCAAGGUCUGCAUUGUCGCUGGGGUGCGGGGGAGCCACAUUCCUAGUUUCCUAUAGACUUCCUUUGACUUAUGUCUUUCCCUCCACACCAAAAAAACCUUUUAAAAUGCCUUCCCCAUUGGUAAGAUUUUAUUGCACUUUCUGAUGGUUUGUUGUUGUUUUUUUUUUUUAGUCAGCCUGAGUAUUGAAGAAGAGUUUGCAAAUGCAGCGAAGUAUUUAAUUGCCAGUUGUUAAAACUGGCUUAGCAGAAUUUAUACUUCCCCAUUCCUGCCUUUCUUUUUAUUUUAUUUGCAAUAAAAGAAAAGGUAUUGAGCCAUUUUUUUAAAUAACAUUUUUGAUAAAUGAUGUUUGUACUGGUUAACAAUGAAGGUUUUUUUUUUUUUUUUAAUUUGUUUGUAUAAUUCUGUGGCAGUUGCCGAAUGUUUUUUAUAUAUUAAAACACCAGAUUCAUGUACAGCAUACAUCAUUGAUCAAUAGACUGUACUUGUUUUCCAAUAAAACUGUCAAACUUUGCAUUGAAUGUUA